UUGUAAAACUUCAUAACACAUCCACCCACCUCGACCACAUACUUGAAGUCUCUCAUUCCUCAAUCAAUCAUACAUUGUCACCGACAAACAUUGCAUUCUUACACCUAGUCUGUUCUGUUAUGAGUGAUGGGCCGGACUUCUAGGUGGUUCCGUUCAUUGCUUGGUGGUAAGAGACCGUCCGGGAAGCGUGGGGGGACUGUGGGGAACAAUGGCUCAGUGUCUUCAGAGUCUUCGAGUUAUCCGCAUGGUUUGGAUGCGAGUAAGCAUGCUAUAGUUGUGGCGGCGGCUACUGCUAAUGCUGCUGAGGCUGCUCUUGUCGCGGCUCGUGCUGCGGCUGAGGUUGUUAGACUAACGGCCACUUCUGCCACUGGCAGGACUAGAGCUGCUGAUAAUUAUGCUGGAAUGGAACGGAGGCGAUACUUGGCUGCUGUGAUUUUACAGUCUGCUUUUCGAGCUUAUCUGGCUAGGAGAGCACUUAAGGCGCUUAAAGGAUUGGUGAAGUUGCAAGCUCUAGUUAGAGGCCACAUUGUUAGAAAACAAAGCACAUAUAUGCUCCAGAGGAUGCAGGCAAUGGCUCGCAUCCAGGCUCGAGCUUGUGCACAUCGAGCUUAUACAUCAGACUCACCACAAUCUAGCAACAAAUCUUCCCACUCUCAGCCACCUGACCUUGCAUCUCUCAAAGCAAUGAACCAACAUUCUCGUACACAUGGUACUAGACCUAAUGGAUCGGCUCUUAAGAAAAAUGUUUCGAAAUCCAACACUAAGGACAACAUUGGACGAGGGAAGACUUACAACAAUAGGCCAAAUUGGUUGGACAAGUGGAUGGAAGAAAAUGCAGGAAUUAAACUUAGAGAAAUGUCAGCAACAAAUGAGUAUUGUGAUGAUGAGAAAAGCGACAAGAUCCUAGAAGUGGAUACAUGGAAGCCUCACAUGAAUCUUAACCAAAAUGACCAAGCCUAUCAGAGGUUACAACAUGUUUCUGCAUGGAAUUACAAUGAACCUAUCUAUAUACCACUCGAUGCUUUAUCAGCCCAUUCAACAAAAUCACAGAGACCAACUCGUAGUCAAUCUCCCCUAGAAUUUUCCAAAAUUAGCUCAGUAAAAGUCAAUCAUACAGCAGCAGGGAUAGCUGAGAACAGUUCAGGAGUGUGCUCAGCUACAUCUAGACCUGGAAGUAGUAGUAGUAGAAGAGGACCAACUAUCCCUGCUAGGAGCGAGUGCUCGCCAAGCUUUUAUAGCAAUUACUUAUGUCAGCCAAAUUACAUGACUUACACGGAGUCAGCUCAGGCUAAAAUUAGGUCCAGGAGUGCCCCCAGGCAGAGGCUAAACUCGGAGAGGCCUGAUGCAGUGAAGAGGUAUGUAAAUGGAUAUUGGGAUGAGGAGGCCAUCUCAGAGAAUGGCUGGCCUUUACAUGCCAACUUUAGCACUAUUGCUUAUCCAGGGACUGAUAGCUUCGAAAAGUUUGGAUAUGCUUGAGCCUGUCUCGUGUAGGCUUUUCUUAAGUUUUCAAACUUCUGCCCGAGGUGACACAUCUGGUAAUUCUUCCACUUAUGGUCGUAGAUAAUUUCGUACGGCAGUGCUGAUGAGGUACAGUUCUAAUGGUCCAAAGUCAUCUUCAUCUACCAAUUUUUCUAUACUUGAAAUCAGCAUCACAGACAGUAUCAGAGGCUAUCAGCAAAAAUUAUUCCAAACCAGGAGUUGUGUGGAUAGAUUUAUAUGUCUGAUGUUCUUUGUGUCAUGUUGUACCUUUAAAUCUGUGCUGUUGACAGGGAGAAAUGGAAUAAAAUGUCGUCUCUGUAAAAAUGUAAAGGUCGUAUUAAUUUUUUGAUAGCAUAAAGACACCCAGAUGUGAAAUGUUCAUUAGCUUUGCAUCAGUGUAUGGAUUUUAUGUAUGUUUCUAUUGUAAAGCUACUUGUUCA